AUGAAGGCACUACUAGGAGCUCAAGAUGUUUGCAAGAUUGUUGAGAAAGGCCAUAAGGAGCAAGAAGAUGUUUCUCUUUCUCAAGCUCAACAGGAAGCCUUGAGGGAUUCAAGAAAGCUCUCUACCUCUUCUAUCAAGCAGUGGAUGAAGAUGCAUUCGAGAAGUAGAUCUCAAAUGCAACUACGACCAAAGAAGCGUGGGAGAAACUUCAAACUUGCAGCAAAGGAGUGGAGCAUAGUAUCGGCAAUUGUCAAUCAAUUAAGAAAAAAUGGCGACGAUGUUAGUGAAGUGAAGGUCAUAGAGAAAAUUCUUCGCACUAUAACUCCAGCGUUUAAAUACAUUGCUACAAACAUUGAAGAAAUUAAAGAUUUAGAAACUAUGACUAUUGAGCAACUCAUGGGUUCUUUACAACCCUAUGAGGAGAAACAAAAUAGAAAGAAUAAGCAAAAGGAGACAGUGGAGAAAUUACUACAAUUCAACUUGAAGGAAGAAAAUUUCAGCAAUAAUAGAGAAGAAAGAGGAAAAGGACGUGACAAAGGAAGCAGACGUGGACGUGGUCAUGGAAAAGGAAGAGAAGGGAGGGGUGGCUUCAACAACUUCAAUAAUGGAGAAAAAAGUUGA